AUGUCAUCUAGUGCACCUGAAAUUAAAUGUUCAAUUUGUGAUACAAAGUUUACACAAAAAAAAAAUCUUUAUGCUCAUUUAAGGAAUAUACACGGUAGUGAUUCUUUAGAUGUAAAUAAUUUUAUUUGUACAGUUUGUGAGAAAACAUUUAAAGUUCAGAAAACUUUAGAUACCCAUAUAAAAAAAUAUCAUAAAAAUGGCGAUAAAAAUAGAGAAACAAGAAUAAUUUGUCCUUAUGAUGAGUGUAACGAACCUUUGUUUAAAUUUUCAAAAUUAAGGAUUCACCUGUUUGAAAAACAUAACAUUACUAUAGAAGUAAAAGAACUAAGUUUUUCGAAAAAUAUUACUCAAAACGACCAGAAUGUUGGGCUUAUUGUUAUCGACUAA